UCAAUUAUUAUCACAGUCGGUAUUUGCAUAGCGAUUGGAAAAAUUUCAAAUACGUGGAAUUAUCGAAAGAUAGAAAGCUUUAAAGUCUUACGAGAAAAUAGAAAUCAGUUUCUCACUUGAUCGUCAUUCCGAUUAUGGAAGAACGUAACAGUUUUUAUUCAUGAAUCGCUCGCUCUUCAUUUUAAAAAUCUAUAGCACGAGCUCUUGUAAAUAGGUAUCAUAUAACCUCAAGGAGAGAAGACAUAAAUUUCAUCAAAGGGAAACAAGCAGCAAGCUCCAACAAGCUGUUAACUCAAAGAUUGAAGAGAACAAGUAAUUUUCUCUAAAGAGAAGUAUCACUUUAUAAAUUUUUGAUCGCGAUGACGCGGCAUGCGAGGAAUUGCACCGCUGGUGCAGUAUACACAUAUCAUGAAAAGAAGAAAGAUGCUGCGGCAUCAGGUUAUGGCACUAACACACAACGAGUAGGAAAGGACUCCGUCAAAGAUUUUGACUGUUGUUGCCUGACUCUACAACCAUGCAGAAAUCCAGUAAUAACGAAAGAUGGCUAUUUAUUUGAUAAAGAAGCGAUAUUGGAGUAUAUCUUGACUAAAAAAAAAGAAUAUACGAGGAAAUUGAAGGAAUACGAGAAGCAGAAGCAAAAGGAAGAGGAGCAAUCGCAAGAACAGACAGUCAACGAGGAACUGAAAAAGUUGCAAAAUUUUCUAAAAGGUGAGAAAACCAUCGUAUCAAGCAGUCCCAGUACAUCGGAUGGAGAUUCGGUUUCUAAUAUGAAAAACGGCAAGAACAAAAUGCUACCGAGUUUCUGGAUACCCUCAAAGACACCAGGAGUAAAGGAAAUCUCCUUACAGAAACCUGACAAGACCAUUUAUUGUCCUGUCAGUGGAAAGCCAUUGAAAGUGAAGGAUUUGAUUCCGAUAAAAUUCACAGUGAUCCAGGAUCCAGAUGAUAAGAGAUCGCUUAUCGUUAAACAGGCGCGAUAUAUGUGUCCUAUCACGCACGAUGUAUUGGGCAACAGUGUCCCUUGCGCUGUGAUAAAAACAACCGGUGACGUAGUCACAAUGGAAUGUGUGGAAAAAUUGAUAAAAAAGGAUUGGAUUAAUCCUUUAGAUAAUUCUAGAUUGACACCAUCUGAUAUAGUCCCCUUACAAAGGGGAGGCACUGGUUAUGCAUUUGUUAAUGAUUCAUUAGAAGGUAGACACGAAAGGCCGGUGUUACAAGCGUGA